CCUCCUCAGUUGCUGUGGUCUCUUCUCCCACCACAGCUCCUGCAGGGAGUGGCUUGGAGAUCCACACUGUUUUCUUUAGGACCAGUGCUGGGGCAGAGGGCUGCACAGUGGACACCGGUGAGGGGUCUUGACGAGUCACUGACCUGAGGACUGGAAGCUGAGGAGAGAGGGGCACAGAGGAGGAGAUUUUUAGCCGGAGUCAUGAGGGUGGGAGCUGCAGCCUUGGCUGGGGGGAUUUUUGGGGCAGUGGGGACCCUGUGUUUCCUCCUGGCCUUUGGUACAGACUACUGGCUGUUGGCCAGUGACAACUGUGGACCACAUACAUGGCCGACACAAACAACCCAGACAGGGGGGAAAGAUGUCAAUGGGACUGAGGUCCAGUCAGACGUGGAAGCAGUCACUGUUCCUCAGAGGUUGCUCACCCUCCACCAUGAGGGCUUCUUCUGGCGCUGUGUGUUUCAGGUGGAGCCUGCAGCACAUGCAGUCGUGGCCACUCUCUUCACGAACCAGCCAGAGUCCAAGUUGUGUAGCCACGGUUACCUGUUCCCUCUGCCUGUGGCACUUGGACAGGUGCCUCAUCCCAGUUAUGACGCCACAGCAGUGUUUCGGGGUUUCUGGACCGUGCUGAUAAUCCUCGGGCUGGUCUCAGCUCUGGCUGGAGGCUUCCUCCUGGUCUGUGGUGUCCCCUUCAUCAGCCCUCGACUCUACAAGCUGGGUGGAGCCUUCCUCAUCGCUGCUGCCUGCUUGUUCCUGUUCAUGCUGCUGCUCUACGUCCUGUGGAUGGAGGUGGUGGACGUGAAAAGCUACGUCCUGCAGGAGAGGGGAGAGGCCUGUCCAGACGCCGAGGUCUCUGUGUUCUACGGCCUGUCGUUCAUGGUGGCGGUUGCUGGCGUGCCCCUGGAGCUAGUCUCUGGGUUGGUUUUCAUGCUGGUGGGCCGGGCGCUGCAUGCCAGCAAGUGAGCUCACCAUCUGGACCGGAGGAGAAGAGCGGACUGACCUUUUUAUGUCCUGCGCUGGGACUCGGUGGCACACAUGUGGGAUGUAAACACCCACUGGAAACACACAGUCAACAUUACUGCAUCACCCCUUUGGACGUUUAUCUGCCUGCGGUCAGAGAUACUGGUUUGGUUAUGCUGUUUUCUGUAACUUGCCUUGCUUUAUUUCCAUAAAAAUAACCAAUUACACAAGAGGUCAGCAGUCGGGUUUAUAGAUGUAAACAUGUGAUAUCUUGCAUAUUAACCAGCAGUAUAAAAUGUGCUGAGACUCUUUUUUAAUUUUUUUUAAAGCUAAACUCUGAGAAUAUAAAUAUUUCUUCUGCUCAA